AUGGAAUCUAAUAAUACUGACGUCGAUACAGGCGAGAAGUGUAAUUUGAACGGCGACUGUGCACCGGCCCUCGACAAACAACCCUUCGACUUGAAUAACGCUAAAAAUAUAGAUGACAUCUCUACACCAUCAGAGCUAAAAUUCGAUGAAGAACCAGACUAUGAGGAUCCAGAUGUUAAGGAAAAGAAAAAAGAAAUAGAGAAAUGUCUGGAAAACUUGGACUAUGUGAAUUUAGAACAAUGGCAGGCCUUUGCUAAAGGCAAAGCUGGACUUAUAAGUGAUGACUAUAGAAGAAAAAUAUGGCCGUUAUUAGUUGGUGUGACACAGGAAGAAUUGACAGAUCCUCCGUCACUUGAUGAACUUUCUACGCAUAGUGAAUAUAACCAGGUGGUGUUAGAUGUAAACCGAUCUCUGAAGCGGUUCCCUCCAGGCAUUCCGUACGAGCAGAGAGUGGCGUUACAGGACCAGCUCACAGUGUUAAUACUCCGUGUCAUUAUGAAGUACCCACAUCUCAAAUAUUACCAGCGCGCUCACCUUCUCAAAUACCAAGAAACUAUGGUGAAAAUGGCGAUGAAUUUAGAUCACGGACCAAUGGCAGCAGCCCUGCAAUCAUGGGGUGGUCAAGUUGCAGGAUAUGGGGGUAAUCAAACCGUCGUAGACAAGGUCCCUGCUGACAUGCUUCACUUGAUUGAUCCCCAUUGGUACCAGUUUCCUCCUAUGAACCCGCUCUGGCAUGGACUCCUCGGGUUUACUAUCGGCGUUCUCGGAUUCAUCUCGAUCAUGGGAAAUGGCAUGGUGGUCUAUAUUUUCAUGACCACCAAAAGUCUAAAAACACCAUCCAACUUAUUAGUGGUUAACCUUGCGUUCUCUGAUUUCCUCAUGAUGUGCGCCAUGUCUCCGGCUAUGGUUAUAAGUUGUUACUACGAAACAUGGGUCCUUGGUCCGUUUGCUUGUGAACUUUAUGGUUGCGCUGGUUCUCUGUUCGGCUGUGCCUCCAUAUGGUCCAUGACGAUGAUCGCCUUCGACCGUUACAACGUUAUCGUAAAAGGUAUCGCCGCCCAGCCAAUGACCAAUAAUGGAGCACUCUUACGUAUAUUUGGGAUCUGGUUCUUUGCGCUGCUGUGGACUCUCGCGCCUUUCUUUGGCUGGAACCGUUACGUACCUGAAGGUAACAUGACUGCUUGUGGAACUGAUUACUUGACCAAGGACUGGUUGAGCCGCAGCUACAUUCUAGUAUACUCAGUUUUCGUGUAUUUCACGCCGCUUCUGCUCAUCAUUUACUCUUACUAUUUCAUCGUCCAGGCUGUCGCCGCUCACGAAAGAUCGAUGAGGGAACAAGCUAAGAAAAUGAAUGUAGCUUCUCUGAGGUCAUCUGAAGCGGCCAACACCAACGCAGAGUGCAAGUUGGCUAAAGUGGCUUUGAUGACCAUUUCCCUAUGGUUUAUGGCUUGGACCCCAUACCUCGUGAUCAAUUACACGGGUGUUUUCGAGAGUGCGCCGAUCAGCCCCCUUGCUACUAUUUGGGGCUCGCUGUUUGCGAAAGCUAAUGCCGUGUACAAUCCUAUUGUGUAUGGUAUCAGCCAUCCUAAGUAUCGUGCUGCCUUGUACAAGAAGUUCCCUGCGCUGGCUUGCAGCGUGUCACCAGACGAGGCUGGCUCAGUGGCCUCCGCCGCUACCACCGUGACGGAAGAAAAACCUGCCGCAUAA